AUGGGUCGACCCAGUCAUCCUGCGUGGCAGUAUUUUAUCCGAGGAGAGAAGCGCAAUCGCUUUCACUAUAACGCGUACUGUAAAUUCUGCAAUGAGAACGGAGAGGAGCCAGUGGCUGUUCGUGGAGUGUCGGGCAACAUGAUCCGACAUCUACAGAAGUGCAUUUACUGUCCUCCAGAAGUGGUGACGCAGUUGAAGCUGUUGUGUGCACAGAAAGAUGCUGCAAGUUUUAACAAGCGGCACCAGUCACAGACUCGUAACAUGGACGUGUUUCUGCAGGAGGCAUCACACUCUCCAGCUCCAAAGAAGAAGUCGAGACGGCUAGGAGACCAACGAGACGCAAACGUCUUACCAUUGCGAAACACUAUUCGCGGCCCAGCAAUAGAUGCAGCAAAGACGAGUACUGCACAGGAUUCAACCGGAGUGGAGGAUUUCAUGCCUCUACAGCUGCCAUUACUGUCGUCCGAGAUGAAUGGAGGCCUCACGACGACUCUAUCGUCAUCCCAACCGCUGACUUACGAGGGAAAUUUCGAGCGGAUGGUGUCGGCAACGCUAUCAACAGGUCUGCCUUGGGAUUGGAUGUGGACCGAGGCUUCAGCUCGAGUAUUUGGAGAUCAGAACUCAAAGAUCGAGCCGCCUAGUGCUGAGCUGCUGUCAACGCUGAGGGUCGCUGCCCAUGAGAAACAGAUUAUGAAGAUGAAAGACGAGCAAGUCGGCGUUACGCUGGCUGUGAACUGGUGGGCGUCUAACUACCCGAGAUCGAAUUUCGUCCUGCUCUCUUUAGUAAACGCUCUAAGGGAAGCGAUCACGUGGGAAGUAAUUGACAUGGGAAUUGGAGACAGUACGCCUGAGUCCUUAGCCGAAAAGAUCAAGGACAACUUGGCGGAUUUGCGGAGAAAGGGGAUCCAUGUGAUCAAUAUUGUUGCCGAGACAACACUGACGUACGCAGCCUCUCGUGUAGCUGUCAAUUCGAGCGAGUGGACAAAUCUGGCAAUUCCAGUGCUGCCGUGCUUUUCACACUUACUGCAGAUGUUGCUGGGUGCUGUCUUAACAGGGACCGACAAAUCCAAGGAAACUGUUGGCGAAGUGGUCGAUCUUGUACGAAUGUUUUCGAAUCAUCGUGUGAAUAAGGUGUUUCGACGCGAAUGUGGCGACCCAGAUGCAGCACUGCAUGCGCCAUUACAAUGCGAGUGGUAUUCCUUCAUCGAGGCUGUUGAUUCUGUUCGGCAGUACGAAGACAUGAUCAAAAUUAUAGCUUCCAAGGUUUUUCGGGCUUCAUCAAACGCCAGAGAUUUGGCAGGAAGGAUUGCCAACCCACGCAAAGAUAGCGCAGGAAACACCGUGGACGAGCUGGCGGAGUGCGGACUCUCACCUGCUGUUAUCCGAACGAUUCAGAACGCAGAGUUUUGGGAAAAUGUCGAGGCUCUGAGCGAGCUCAUGUACCCAAUCAAGGAAGCUCAAAAGAUGCUGAGCAGUGCUUUCGCGUCGUCAUUUUCGCUUUCUGACAUUUUCUACCAGUUCGGGAGAAUGCAUCAGCAGUAUGGAAUUAUCGUGUCGGACUGGGAAGACACUACUGGCGCCGGACGAUCUGUCGGACACGUACGCUUUUUACUACGUAAGAUUAACGCCAUGUGGAAGUUGUAUGAUCAACCGCUGAUGGUGUUGGGCUACACGUUUAACUAUAACCUCCAGCUCCAAUUUCUUGCUCGUCAUCAGGCAUCGCUCAAGUGGCUAUCGAUCGGGAAAUACGCCAAGCAAUACUUUCGAGGGUGGUUUUGCGCAGCGUCGUCGACACGGAACCCGUCGCGCUUGCUGGUCUUAAGUGAUGAAGCUGCGGCCCAGUUCAUGGAGGAUAUUUUGGCUUUCAAGGAGCGGAAGUAUCCAUUUGAUUCCGAGUCAAUGUGCGACUUUGACAACCCAAAGUAUUUCUAUAUGCUCGUAUCCGACUCGCAUCCCUUGAUGCACAUGUUUGGGUCUAGACUGUUCAGCUUUGUGACUAGUACACCACCUCUAGGUGAUGUGCUACCUCGAAAGUGUUUCAUCCCGUCGGUACGUUCAACGACGUGUCCGCAGCAGACUUUGUUGCCACUACUACGAAUGAAUUUGUUCGCUCAAACAGCACUGCGACCAUCGAAGGAUUUACUCGGAUUUGUUCAAAGCAACAGACCAAAGAUUGAUAUAGAAAACAUGGCCAACAAUGAGAUGCAGUUUCACCGCUCCGAGGCUAUGUCAGAAGGUGAAGAAGUAAGCUCAGCCAAGAAACAAUGGGAAGGGUUGGCGAAAGAAUGGAAAACACACUGGGAAAAGGAGAUUGACACAAGCAACCUACGAGCUCUUGACUCUUUCACGCAGGACCUAACACUGGAUCAGAUUUUUAAGGACGCAUUACCUUCCCGCCUCCCUCAUGACCGAGCAGAUGCUGUCGUGGACGUGUGA